AUGGCGGGGAGGAAAGCAUAUUAUGCAUGCCGGCGCAUAAAGCCCAAGAGAAACAACAUGAAAUGCCUCAUUGCACCUUCCAUUCUUGUGAGCAUCUUUCUAGUUCCCUCUCUGGCCCUGAUGAACAUCAAUGACAGUCAUCCUCUGGAUGGCUCUGUGGGGACCCAGACUAUCCAUGUCGAUGCCCUCCGAUGUAUGGUCAGCAUCCAAGACACCAACGUUUUGAGUGAAUGGAAUGGAAUCGUGAACUACAAGAAUGCCCUCCUGGCAGUUAAACUGUUUAGUAAGAUGGCCUGUGUCCUGGCCAAGAUGGAUCUAGCAGUCUUCCCAAGUUUGGAUGAUAUUACCCAGGCCCUGGGCCAACAGGCUUCCGGUCACUACCCACCCACCCGAGGACUGACCUACACAGUUUUACCCAGUCGAGUCAAAAACUUGGCCCAAUACGGAGUGCCUGUCAAGGACCUGUGCAGAGCAGUCCCCACCUACUUUGCCCAACAGCAAAAAGAAGGUACUGCCCUGGCGAUGGACCCAGACUCCUGUUCUGAGCUCCAGUUUAUGUCCUUCAUGGGGCUGUCCAUCUGUGGUGAGAUUCCUGGGCUCUAA